UGGAAAGUGACAGGGAGCAAGCACUAAUUGUGGCUAAGGCGACUGGGUCGAGGACCACAGAGUGGGGAAAAGGGAGAGUACAGGAGGAGGAGGAGGCAGAGCCCCGCGGAGCCAGACCGGACCCCCGGCCGGGAAGGUAGCGGCGCGGGGCAGCGGGGGCAGCUUGGCCCACAUCUGGCCCCUUGGCAGCCUCAGGCGUUGGCUCCUCGGGGCUCCCUCCCUCGCCGGCGCAUUGUUCCUUUGCCGGGAGACGAGGAAAUUGCCUUUUGAUUGCGGAAGUCAGCGGACGGGGCUGGGGCGAGGCAGCGCGGGUCAGAAUGGCAGCGUGGGAAGGGCGGCGCGCUGCCUGUCCCCGCCGCCUCUCGCAUCUGCAGCCCGCCCGGGGCGGCAGGAGCAGCAGCAGCAGCAGCAGCGGUGGCCGCAGUGGCCCCUACGCGUCGCCAGCCCCGAGGGAAGCGCGCUGCGCCCGCGGGGCGCGCUGAGCGCGCGCAACAGGUGACCCCCUGCCCCGGCCCUCGGGCCGUCCCACGUCCAGCCCCCUCGGUUUCGUCUGGAUCUUAACUACUGAGCGCAAUGCUGAGCCAUGGAGCCGGAUUGGCCUUGUGGAUCACACUGAGCCUCCUGCAGACUGGACUGGCGGAGCCAGAGAGAUGUAACUUCACCCUGGCGGAGUCCAAGGCCUCCAGCCAUUCCGUGUCUAUCCAGUGGAGAAUUUUGGGCUCACCCUGUAACUUUAGCCUCAUCUAUAGCAGUGACACCCUGGGGGCCGCGUUGUGCCCUCCCUUUCGGAUAGACAACACCACAUACGGAUGUAACCUUCAAGAUUUACAAGCAGGAACCAUCUAUAACUUCAAGAUUAUUUCUCUGGAUGAAGAGAGAACUGUGGUCUUGCAAACAGAUCCUUUGCCUCCUGCUAGGUUUGGAGUCAGUAAAGAGAAGACGACUUCAACCAGCUUGCAUGUUUGGUGGACUCCUUCUUCCGGAAAAGUCACCUCGUAUGAGGUGCAAUUAUUUGAUGAAAAUAACCAAAAGAUACAGGGGGUUCAAAUUCAAGAAAGUACUUCAUGGAAUGAAUACACUUUUUUCAAUCUCACUGCUGGUAGUAAAUACAAUAUUACCAUCACAGCUGUUUCUGGAGGAAAACAUUCUUCUUCAGUUUAUACCAACGGAUCAACAGUGCCAUCUCCUGUGAAAGAUAUUGGUAUUUCCACAAAAGCCAAUUCUCUCCUGAUUUCCUGGUCCCAUGGUUCUGGGAAUGUGGAACAAUACCGGCUGAUGCUAAUGGAUAAAGGGAUCCUAGUUCAUGGCGGUGUUGUGGACAAACAUGCUACUUCCUAUGCUUUUCACGGGCUGACCCCUGGCUACCUCUACAACCUCACUGUUGUGACUGAGGCCGCAGGGCUGCAAAACUACAGGUGGAAACUAGUCAGGACAGCCCCCAUGGAAGUCUCAAAUCUGAAGGUGACAAAUGAUGGCAGUUUGACCUCUCUAAAAGUCAAGUGGCAAAGACCUCCUGGAAAUGUGGAUUCUUACAAUAUCACCCUCUCUCACAAAGGGACCAUCAAGGAAUCCAGAGUAUUAGCACCUCGGGUUACUGAAACUCACUUUAAAGAGUUAGCCCCCGGACGACUUUAUCAAGUUACUGUCAGCUGUGUCUCCGGUGAGCUGUCUGCUCAGAAGAUGGCAGUGGGCAGAACAUUUCCAGACAAAGUUGCAAACCUGGAGGCAAACAAUAAUGGCAGGAUGAGGUCUCUUGUAGUGAGCUGGUCGCCCCCUGCUGGAGACUGGGAGCAGUAUCGGAUCCUACUCUUCAAUGAUUCUGUGGUGCUGCUCAACAUCACUGUGGGAAAGGAAGAAACACAGUAUGUCUUGGAUGACACGGGUCUCGUACCGGGAAGACAGUAUGAGGUGGAAGUCAUUGUUGAGAGUGGAAAUUUGAAGAAUUCUGAGCGUUGCCAAGGCAGGACAGUCCCCCUGGCUGUCCUCCAGCUUCGUGUCAAACAUGCCAAUGAAACCUCACUGAGCAUCAUGUGGCAGGCCCCUGCAGCAGAAUGGGAGAAAUACAUCAUUUCCCUAGCUGACAGAGACCUCUUACUGAUCCACAAGUCACUCUCCAAAGAUGCCAAAGAAUUCACUUUUACUGACCUGGUACCUGGACGAAAAUACAUGGCUACAGUCACCAGUAUUAGUGGAGACUUAAAAAAUUCCUCUUCAGUAAAAGGAAGAACAGUGCCUGCCCAAGUGACUGACUUGCAUGUGGCCAACCAAGGAAUGACCAGUAGUCUGUUUACUAACUGGACCCAGGCACAAGGAGAUGUAGAAUUUUACCAAGUCUUACUGAUCCAUGAAAAUGUGGUCAUUAAAAAUGAAAGCAUCUCCAGUGAGACCAGCAGAUACAGCUUCCACUCUCUCAAGUCCGGCAGCCUGUACUCCGUGGUGGUAACAACAGUGAGUGGAGGGAUCUCUUCCCGACAAGUGGUGGUGGAGGGAAGAACAGUCCCUUCCAGUGUGAGUGGAGUAACGGUGAACAAUUCCGGCCGUAAUAACUACCUCAGCGUUUCCUGGCUGCCGGCGCCCGGAGAUGUGGAUAACUAUGAGGUGACAUUGUCUCAUGAUGGCAAGGUGGUUCAGUCCCUUGUCAUUGCCAAGUCUGUCAGAGAAUGUUCCUUCAGCUCCCUCACCCCAGGCCGCCUCUACACCGUGACCAUAACUACAAGGAGUGGCAAGUAUGAAAAUCACUCCUUCAGUCAAGAGCGGACAGUGCCUGACAAAGUCCAGGGAGUCAGUGUUAGCAACUCAGCCAGGAGUGACUAUUUAAGGGUAUCCUGGGUGCAUGCCACUGGAGACUUUGAUUACUAUGAAGUCACCAUUAAAAACAAAAACAACUUCAUUCAAUCCAAAAGCAUUCCCAAGUUGGAAAACGAAUGUGUAUUUGUUCAGCUAGUCCCUGGACGGUUGUACAGUGUCACUGUUACUACAAAAAGUGGACAAUAUGAAGCCAGUGAACAAGGGAAUGGGAGAACAAUUCCAGAGCCUGUUAAGGAUCUAACAUUGCGGAACAGGAGCACUGAGGACUUGCAUGUGACUUGGUCAGGAGCUAAUGGGGAUGUCGACCAGUAUGAGAUCCAGCUGCUCUUCAAUGACAUGAAAGUAUUUCCUCCCUUUCACCUUGUAAAUACCGCAACCGAGUAUCGAUUUACUUCCCUAACACCAGGCCGCCAAUACAAAAUUCUUGUCUUGACAAUUAGUGGGGAUGUACAGCAGUCAGCCUUCAUUGAGGGCUUCACAGUUCCUAGUGCUGUCAAAAAUAUUCACAUUUCUCCCAAUGGAGCAACAGAUAGCCUGACGGUGAACUGGACUCCUGGUGGGGGAGACGUUGAUUCCUACACGGUGUCGGCAUUCAGGCACAGUCAAAAGGUUGACUCUCAGACUAUUCCCAAGCACGUCUUCGAGCACACGUUCCACAGACUGGAGGCCGGGGAGCAGUACCAGAUCACGAUUGCCUCAGUCAGCGGGUCCCUGAAGAAUCAGAUAAAUGUGGUUGGGCAGACAGUUCCAGCAUCUGUCCAAGGAGUAAUUGCAGACAAUGCCUACAGCAGUCAUUCCUUAAUAGUAAGUUGGCAAAAAGCUGCUGGUGUGGCAGAAAGAUAUGACAUCCUGCUUGUAACUGAAAAUGGAAUCCUUCUGCGCAACACAUCAGAGCCAGCCACCACUAAGCAACACAAAUUUGAAGAUCUAACACCAGGCAAGAAAUACAAGAUACAGAUCCUAACUGUCAGUGGAGGCCUCUUUAGCAAGGAAGCCCAGACUGAAGGCCGAACAGUCCCAGCAGCUGUCACCGACCUGCGGAUCACAGAGAACUCCACCAGGCACCUGUCCUUCCGCUGGACCGCCUCAGAGGGGGAGCUCAGCUGGUACAACAUCUUUUUGUACAACCCAGAUGGGAAUCUCCAGGAGAGAGCUCAAGUUGACCCACAAGUCCAGAGCUUCUCUUUCCAGAACUUGCUACAAGGCAGAAUGUACAAGAUGGUGAUUGUAACUCACAGUGGGGAGCUGUCUAAUGAGUCUUUCAUAUUUGGUAGAACAGUCCCAGCCUCUGUGAGUCACCUCAGGGGGUCCAAUCGGAACAUGACAGACAGCCUUUGGUUCAGCUGGAGUCCAGCCUCUGGGGACUUUGACUUUUAUGAGCUGAUUCUCUAUAAUCCCAAUGGCACAAAGAAGGAAAACUGGAAAGACAAGGACCUGACCGAGUGGCGGUUUCACGGCCUUGUUCCUGGAAGGAAGUACACGCUGUGGGUGGUAACUCACAGUGGAGAUCUCAGCAAUAAAGUCACAGCGGAGAGCAGAACAGCUCCAAGUCCUCCCAGUCUUAUGUCAUUUGCUGACAUUGCCAACACAUCCUUGGCCAUCACGUGGAAAGGGCCCCCAGACUGGACGGACUACAACGACUUUGAGCUGCAGUGGUUGCCCAGAGAUGCACUUACUGUCUUCAACCCCUACAACAACAGAAAAUCAGAAGGACGCAUUAUGUAUGGUCUUCGUCCAGGGAGAGCCUAUCAAUUCAGUGUCAAGACUGUCAGUGGUGAUUCCUGGAAAACUUACAGCAAACCAAUUUUUGGAUCUGUGAGGACAAAGCCUGACAAGAUACAAAACCUGCAUUGCCGGCCUCAGAACUCCACAGCCAUUGCCUGUUCUUGGAUCCCUCCUGAUUCUGACUUUGAUGGUUAUAGUAUUGAAUGCCGGAAAAUGGACACCCAAGAAGUUGAGUUUUCCAGAAAGCUGGAGAAAGAAAAAUCUCUGCUCAACAUCAUGAUGCUAGUGCCCCAUAAGAGGUACCUGGUGUCCAUCAAAGUGCAGUCGGCCAGCAUGGCCAGCGAGGUGGUUGAAGACAGCACUAUCACAAUGAUAGACCGCCCCCCUCCUCCACCCCCCCACAUUCGUGUGAAUGAAAAGGAUGUGCUAAUUAGCAAAUCUUCCAUCAACUUUACUGUCAACUGCAGCUGGUUCAGCGACACCAAUGGAGCUGUGAAAUACUUCACAGUGGUGGUGAGAGAGGCUGAUGGCAGUGAUGAGCUGAAGCCAGAACAGCAGCACCCUCUCCCUUCCUACCUGGAAUACAGGCACAACGCCUCCAUUCGGGUGUAUCAGACUAAUUAUUUUGCCAGCAAAUGUGCCGAAAAUCCUAACAGCAACUCCAAGAGUUUUAACAUUAAGCUUGGAGCAGAGAUGGAGAGCCUAGGUGGAAAAUGCGAUCCCACUCAGCAAAAAUUCUGUGAUGGACCACUGAAGCCACACACUGCCUACAGAAUCAGCAUUCGAGCUUUUACACAGCUCUUUGAUGAGGACCUGAAGGAAUUCACAAAGCCACUCUAUUCAGACACAUUUUUUUCUUUACCCAUCACUACUGAAUCAGAGCCCUUGUUUGGAGCUAUUGAAGGUGUGAGUGCUGGUCUGUUUUUAAUUGGCAUGCUAGUGGCUGUUGUUGCCUUAUUGAUCUGCAGACAGAAAGUGAGCCAUGGUCGAGAAAGACCCUCUGCCCGUCUGAGCAUUCGUAGGGAUCGACCAUUAUCUGUCCACUUAAACCUGGGCCAGAAAAGUAACCGGAAAACUUCUUGUCCAAUAAAAAUAAAUCAGUUUGAAGGGCAUUUCAUGAAGCUACAGGCUGACUCCAACUACCUUCUAUCCAAGGAAUACGAGGAGUUAAAAGACGUGGGCCGAAACCAGUCAUGUGACAUUGCACUCUUGCCGGAGAAUAGAGGGAAGAAUCGAUACAACAAUAUAUUGCCCUAUGAUGCCACGCGAGUGAAGCUCUCCAAUGUAGAUGAUGAUCCUUGCUCUGACUACAUCAAUGCCAGCUACAUCCCUGGCAACAACUUCAGAAGAGAAUACAUUGUCACUCAGGGACCGCUUCCUGGCACCAAGGAUGACUUCUGGAAAAUGGUGUGGGAACAAAACGUUCACAACAUCGUCAUGGUGACCCAGUGUGUUGAGAAGGGCCGAGUAAAGUGUGACCAUUACUGGCCAGCGGACCAGGAUUCCCUCUACUAUGGGGACCUCAUCCUGCAGAUGCUCUCAGAGUCCGUCCUGCCUGAGUGGACCAUCCGGGAGUUUAAGAUAUGCAGUGAGGAACAGCUUGAUGCACACAGACUCAUCCGCCACUUUCACUAUACGGUGUGGCCAGACCAUGGAGUCCCGGAAACCACCCAGUCUCUGAUCCAGUUUGUGAGAACUGUCAGGGACUACAUCAACAGAAGCCCGGGUGCUGGGCCCACUGUGGUGCACUGCAGUGCUGGUGUGGGUAGGACUGGAACCUUUAUUGCAUUGGACCGAAUCCUCCAGCAGUUAGACUCCAAAGACUCUGUGGACAUUUAUGGAGCAGUGCAUGACCUAAGACUUCACAGGGUUCACAUGGUCCAGACUGAGUGUCAAUAUGUCUACCUACAUCAGUGUGUAAGAGAUGUCCUCAGAGCAAGAAAGCUACGGAGUGAACAAGAAAACCCCUUGUUUCCAAUCUAUGAAAAUGUGAAUCCAGAGUAUCACAGAGGUAGGCACUUACUUCACUCACUUCCCCAAGUUCGUUCAUCAAGAUAUGGUCAAUCUGGCCAGGCAUAGAGGCUUACACCUGUACUCCCAGCACUUUGGGAGGCUGAGGCAGGAGGAUCACUUGAGCCUAAGAGUUUGAAACCAGCCUGGGCAACAUAGGGAGAUCCCAUCUCUACAAAAAACUAAAAAAAAAAAAAAUAGCCAGACAUCAUGGCGCAUGCCCGUAGCCCCAAUUACUUGGGAGGCUGAGGGGGAGGAUCGCUUGAGCUCGGGAGGUCAAGGCUACAGUGAGCUGAGAUCGUACCACUGCACUCCAGCCUGGGUGACAAAGCAAGAUCCUGUCUCAAAGAAAAAAGAAAGAAAAGAAAAAGAUUCUAGCUGAGUGCAGUGGCUCAUGCCUGUAAUACCAGCACUUUGGGAGGCCAAGGCGGGCAGAUCACUUCGAGAACAGCCUGGCCAACAUGAUGAAACCCCAUCUCUACUAAAAAUACAAAAGAGCCAGGCAUGGUGGCUCACGCCUGUAAUCCCAGCUACUCAGGAGGCUGAGGCAGAACUGCUUGAACUUGGGAGGUAGAAGUUGCAGUGGGCCGAGAUCCCACCACUGCACUCCAGACUGGGCAACAAGAGUGAGACUCUGUCUCAAAAAAAAAGAAAAGAAAAGAGGAGAGGAGAGGGGAGGGGAGAAGAAAAGAGAAAAAAGAAAAAAGAAAAAGAUUCUGGAAACCAUUAAUAACCUAAAGCUCUUCCAAUGUACAUCACCUAUUUCUUCUCCUACCCAUAAAGAGUGGCAAUGGGGAAGCGAGGGAGGGUGGGGAGGGGGUUCCUGCAGCUGAGCAGCAGUUUCACAAGGUAUCUCUUCCAGCCUAGCUGAGGAUGCCUGCUAUGAAGGACUGCUUAACCUUUCUUUUCCAAGCAAUAAAAGCUUCACUACUGGGGUGGAUGCUUUGAAAUCACAACUAGUUCAAAUUGUAAAAUCCCUUUGGAAAAGAAUUUGGCAAUCAAGGUAUCACGGUCCUUCAUAUGUUCUUAUCUUGUGACCUUGUAUUUCUCCUACCACACUAUAUCCAAAAAAAAAAAAAAAUUAUGCAUGAAGCUUUUCGUAGCUAAAAGUUUGACAAGCCUGGGCAGCAAAGUGAGACCCUUUCUCUACAAUAAAUUUAAAAAUUAACCAGGCAUGGUGUGCACCUGUAGUCCCAGCUACUUGGGAGGCUGAGGCAGGAGAAUCACUUGAGCCCAGGAGUUGAAAGCUGCAGUGAGCUGUAAUUGUGUCACUGCACUCCACCUGGGUGAUAGAGCAAGACUGUAUCUCAAAAAACAAACAGGUUGGGCAUAGUGGCUCACGCCUGUAAUCCCAGCACUUUGGGAGGCCAAGGUGGGUGAUCAGCUGAGGUCAGGAGCUCAAGACCAACCUGGCCAACAUGGCAAAACUCAUCUCUACUAAAAAUACAAAAAUUAGCCGGGCAUGGUGAUGUGUGCCUGUAGUUCCAGCUACUUGGGUGGCUGAGGCAGGAGAAUUGCUUGAACCCGAGAGGCGAAGGUUGCAGUGAGCCAGCAUCAUGCCACUGCACUCCAGCCUGGGCCACAAAGCAAGACUCCAUCUCAAAAAAAAAAAAAAAGAAAAAAACAAACAAACAAAAGAAUGCUAUUUUUGAGGAUGUUAUAAUAUCAUGGGUAUUUAUCAUAAAGAAAGAAAAGCAGGAUGUAAAACAAAAACAACACAUAAGGAAAAAGGCUGGAGAAAAUAUAAAUUUCCCUGAACAUUAGAAAAAUAUAUUAUUUUUCCUUCUAUUUUUUGUAUCUUAUAAAUAUUCUAGAAUAAGCACAUAAUACUUUUCAAAUGGGAAAUUCAAUAGAAAAAAAACACAAACCUUUCAAGGCACAGUUCUGGUCAAGCAAUAAUUAAAUGACGAGAAGGGUCCUCAUGCCUCGUCUUACUCUGGGCCAUCAUGAAGACCUAAGUUAUCACAUAGGCAAAUUGCAAAUGUAAAGGAGGACUGUAUUAGUUAUCUAUUACUGCCUAACAAAUUACCCCAACAUUUAGCAGUUUAAAUCAGCAUUUAUUAUCUCACUGGUGGUUCUGGCCCAGAGUCUUUCAGGAGGUUGCAGUCAAGACUUAGACUGGGGC